CCCUCCCUCCAACAGAUCCUUACCCAAAAGGGCGAAUCCCCAUUCCCCAUCUCGUUUAAAACGAAAAAAUUUCCAGAUCCAGAGUUCCCUCAAAGUUGCAAUUUUUGGCCUCUGUUCCUUUUUCAUCUGCUCUAACCCUUCGAGAAAGAAAAAAAAAAAAGAGCAAAUUAUCUGAACAGUGAUUGCGACAUUUUUGACUUCGUGGGGUCUGCCAGCCUUAUCUUGUUUGGUUGAAGAUAUUGAAAGCAAGAGCGCAGCUUCUAGACUGCCUUCCUUCACGGAUUGAUCUUUCUUUAAUCGCUUCGUCUUCGUCUUUGGAGAUCUUGCACGGAUUUCAUGGGGAGCUUCUGAGUUCUUGACUGACCCGACGACCGCUCUGCUUUUAAAAUCGCCAUCGAAGGGUCUGCCUUCCCUGCCCUUGCCUGCCCUCGUCUGCAAUUUCAUCCGCUCGAAGCUCGUUCUCAGUUAUGGUGAUGAAGGUGGCACUCGGCAGUUUUCACGCCAAACAGCCCUCCACCCGCUAUCCCUCCUCGUUUGCUCGAACCAGUGGAAGUGAUAAACGUCCUGGUUCUGCCUGUAGGUUUGCCCGCCGAUCGCCUCCUCUCACGUACUGUGUAUUCAGAAACCGUUCCUCGAACCGGUUGGAUAGGUUCUCGGGCUGCGACCUAUUCCAGGAUUCCGAGUCGGUUCUUGCGUUGGAUGGGUCCAGCUAUGACGGUGAUGGCAUCCGGGACAUUUCUUCGAGACCUCGGUUUAUAUCGGGGCUGCCCUGUUCGCGGUCAGAGUUCCUGUCCCCUGCCAUGCUCGGUAUCAGGCCUGACCCGCCGGACUGGCCUGAGAGGACUGAGGUUGCUAGGAUUAGCAUUGAACAGAGAGCCAACCGGGUCGAGAUCCCAUUGUCUAUCAGGAUAAUAAAGAUGAAGCAGCGUCAGAUGGAAAUGGGGUUGAUUCUGAUCGAUGAGGCGGUGGAGAGCACUAACUGCUCGGUGAGGAGGGCAUUUUCGUCGGUCGUGCUCAUCAUUCGGGAGCUCCAGAUGUAUGCGGCGCAGAUGAUGGAGAGAGGCCUCGAUGGUGAUGAGUUGAAGGAGAUUGUAGGGAAUGUCCAGAGAGAAAUCAAUGCUUCCCUUGUUUGGCUCUUUAGGCAGUUCUUCUGUCAGACCCCGACUCUCAUGGUCUACGUGAUGAUCCUCUUAGCGAAUUUCAGCAUAUACUCGAUGGUCGGUAACUCAGCCAUUGCAGCGCCGAUGGUUGGUUUGUUUGAGACCAUCACAGAGGACAAGGAUCAGGAAGAGAGUCCCGGUUUCAUCCUGAGGGAAGAAUCAUCGGUCUAUACGGUAGACAGUGAGCAGGUGAGUUUGAGUGGUGAGGAGGAAGUUCUUUGGAGGGGGAUUUUGGAGGACGUUGGGAAGAUGAGGGGCGAGGUUCUUGAUGAGGAGACAGUGCGAGGAUUCAUCGCGCCGGUGACAGUGCAAGUCGACCAGGAAGAACAUGAGGAACAUCUUAGGACUGACCUCUUGUACCAAAUGAACUUGUCUCAAGAUCCCGAGAACCCGCUUCUGCUAUGUAACUACGCCCAAUUCCUCACCCACAUUUUCCACAGCUACGACAGGGCUGAGGAAUGCUUCAAGAGGGCUACGCAGUUGAAGCAGCCCGAUGCCGAAGCACUGAGUCAGUACGCAGAUUUCUUGUACAUAGUAAGGAAAGACAUGUGGGGAGCAGAGGAAAGGUAUCAGCAAGCAAUAACUAUGGAACCGAACAAUCCCUUCUAUGCGUCCAAAUACGCAAGCUUCCUGUGGAGCACGGGCGGGGAAGAAACCUGCUUCCCGAUAGACCCGACCGAUGACUCGUUAAGUGCAACAAAGCUAUCCUCGACAGAUGAAUAUUCAUAGUUUAUCCCAGAGUUUUUGUCAGGGAAAAAGGUCCCUUCAAUUUCCUUUCUGGUUCUUGUGGUACCUUUUUGCCACAGCGUUCAGUUUUGUAAGACAGCUUAGAGCUAGGCAAAUGUUGCCUAUGCCUUUUGUCUUAGCAGGUGUAAAUUCCGAUGUGUGCAACAGAAAGUCUCAUUUCCGUCGAAUAUCAAAUGCUUCGGGUACUAAUUGAUUACCUUACUCUGUUA